AUGCCCACUCUCCUUAUGACUUCACCACCAGAACAUUCAACCACGAUUCAAGUCGGCGGCGAAGACGAAGAGAAGGGAUCCAUCGAGGAAAUCGAGAAUCGCGAUGACUCAUCAAUUCAAGAUGAGGAAGGGCGUGAAGGUUGGAUAGGGAGGUUUCCCAAGAAAAACCCAUCCUCUCGGUUCAACGCUGAUGUGAUCAAGCUGAACCAGACGACUUUGAACACGAAGGAAGUCAAGAGGAUUGAGAGGAAGAUCGAUUUCCUGAUUAUGCCUGCUCUAUCUGUUUGUUAUAUGUUCUAUUACGUAGACAAGACAACCCUAUCCUAUGCAGCAAUCUUUGGGAUCCAAAAAGACCUCAAACUAGGCAAGAGUGAAUAUAGCUGGCUUUCUAGUCUUUUCUACUUCGGCUGGCUUGCAUGGGCACUACCAACAAACCUCCUCAUGCAAAAGUUCCCACUAAACAAGUACCUCGCCGUUAACAUAUUUCUUUGGGGCGUACUACUAAUGGGUCAAGCUGCAUCACGAAACUUCACAGAUCUGGCGGUUCUCCGAAUUUUGUCGGGUGCUGCAGAGGCGACAGCUGACCCAGCCUUCGUUCUUAUUACCUCCACCUGGUACACUCGUGAACAACAGCCCUCACGGAUUGGGUACUGGUAUCUUGCAAAUGGAUUCGGUAUCGCACUCGGCGGUCUUUUUGGGUAUGCCAUUGGACACAUCAAAGGGGCCUUGCCUUCGUGGAGAUACGAAUUCUUGAUCAUCGGAGCAUUGUGUAGCGCCUGGGCUAUCUUCCUUUUCAUUUUUGUUCCCGACUCACCCGCUCGAACACACUGGUUCACUCGCGAAGAAAGGUUGAUAAUUGUGAGCAGGAAACGAAAUGAUCAUAAUAUUGGAGGUUCUAGACAAUUCAAAUGGAAUCAAGCACUGGAGGCAUUCAUGGAUGUUAAAAUCUAUCUUUUCUUCUUAUUCGGUUUUACUGCAAAUGUACCCAACGGCGGAACAUCCAACUUUGGUACUAUCAUCGUCAAGGGCUUUGGGUUUGACACCCUUGAAACAACACUGAUGCAGAUUCCCUACGGGCUCACUAUCGUUGCUUUCAUUCUCCUUGCCAUCUACAUCAACCACAAGUUACCCCCAGGAUACCGGACGUACCUUAUGGCUGUCACCAACCUUCCUACAGUGGUAGGCUUUGCGAUGAUCGCUUGGUGCAAAGGCAUUCCCGCAAGGCUGGCCGGAUAUUGGCUUACAGGCGCUUCUAAUGCCGUUUUCGUGCUGGGGUUGUCCCUUUUGUCCGGUAACGUUGGUGGAGACACUAAGAAGGCUAUUGCAAGUGCCGCUGUGUUUUUAGGAGUCGCGACUGGUAAUAUCGUCGGCCCGUUCUUAUUUCUCGACAGGGAAUCACCGACAUACUUUACUGGUGUCGUUGGCUGCCUGGUAUCUCGCGCACUAGAGAUUGUCAUCAUUCUCAUUCUUCGUGUCGUUUUGGUCGUUUCGAAUAAGAGACGUGAUAAAGCAGUUGCAGAGGGUAGAGUGACAUAUGAUGUAGAUAGUUCAGGUCUUGACGACGUGUCGGACUGGAAGAACCUGGCAUUCAGAUACGUCACGUAG